GCUAUGAAAUGCAAUAAUGAUCCCGUCCUGUUACGCACUUUAAUAAACUUAGGAGUUAGCUUCGACUGUGCAAGCUUGGGUGAAAUACAAUCGAUAAUCAAUGCAGGUGUUAAUCCAGAUAGAAUUAUAUACGCAAACACUAUUAAAGCAAUAUCUCAUCUU